AGCAUCCUAUCGAUCAAUACAAUGAGGAAGGUGAUGACGCUGAGGAUGGAGAGAUCGUCGGCGGAGACGAACCGGGAAAAUCAGCGGUUACUGAAUCGCAUCCGUUGGAGAAUCCAUGGACUUUCUGGUUCGAUAAUCCUUCUGUCAAAUCGAAGCAAACUACUUGGGGAAGUUCCUUACGAUCCGUCUUCACAUUCUCCACCGUCGACGAGUUCUGGAGGGAGGGUUUUAUCAUCUGGUUGCACAACAGUCUUUAUAAUAACAUGAAGCAUCCGAGCAAGUUAUCUCACGGCGCUGACUUCUACUGUUUCAAACACAAUAUCGAACCUAAGUGGGAGGAUCCUAUCUGUGCUAACGGUGGCAAGUGGACUAUGAACUUCCCUAACGAGAAGUCUGAUAAGUCCUGGCUUUACACCUUGGUUGCAUUGAUUGGAGAGCAGUUUGACCAUGGUGAUGAAAUCUGUGGACCUGUUGUUAACAUUAGAGGCAAGCAAGAAAGGAUAUCUAUUUGGACCAAAAAUGCUUCCAACGAAGCUGCUCAGGUGAGCAUUGGGAGACAAUGGAAGGAGUUUCUUGAUUACAACAAUAGCAUUGGUUUCAUUAUCGAUGAGGAUGCGAAGAAGAUGGACAGGAACGCCAAGAGCGCUUACACCGCUUGA